AUGAUGUCCAGUACCGCCAUCUUGUCCGUCGUGGCCGGCUGCGUCGCUUCGCUUUCCCAGGUCAGCGCCCAUGGCUACAUGUACAUCCCGCUGGCCGAGUUCACGGACUCGGUUACGUCGGCCUGGAUCGUGCAGAUCGAGCCUCAGUGGACUGGCGACUGGGACAGCUGCAGCAGCAGCGAUGACGACUGCUUGACGACGCUGUACGCAUUGCUCAAGGAGUCGAAUGGCUACAGCGACAUCCGCACGCUGCUGGACAGCGACACCUCGCUGUACGGAGCUGACUGCGGCUUCACCAAUCCGGAUGCUUCGCCGAAGGAUCCGCCCACCACCGGCGACCCGACCUUUUCUCGUUGCAUGGUGCACGCGAGCCCUUGCGAAAUAUGGCUGGACGAUACGAUGGUGCUGAGCAACGAUGACUGUCAGACUGCGUACGGGGACGGCACUCAGGAGACGGCGUCGGUGUUCACGCCGGUGGACUACUCGUCAUGCUCGACCAGCGGCUGCAUGCUGCGCUUCUACUGGUUGGCGUUCCAGGGCGUUGAUAGCAAGAUGGUGUGGCAGGUGUACAAGGACUGCGUACCGUUGACGGGCCCAGCUGAAGGCACCGCCAGCACCAACUCAACGUCCUCGACCUCGGCCACUGCCAGUUCUUCCACCACGGACAGCUCGUCCACGCAGGAUACCCCAGCGUCGAGCAACAGCGGCACAUCGACGGAAACCGAGGCUCCUAGCACGGAUGCUCCGGAAGCCACGGCGGCUCGGAUGAAGCUAGUACGGAGACGGCACCGGAGGCGCCUGCCUCGACGCCGUCCCCGUCGACGAAGUGCAACGCCCGCAAGCGCCAGUAAAAAUUGA